CACAUUGCAAUCGGCUCAUUGGCAUCAGUACACCUUGAACACUUUCAACCUACAAAUCAACAACUAAAUCAAAAACCAAACUAAACAACAUGAAAUUCCUGUCGGUUGUAUUCCUGCUUGGUCUGCUGGCUUUGGCAGCUGCCACGCCUGUGAGUCCUGAUGUAAUCAUCAAUGGAGAUUGCAAAACGUGCAAUGUGUAUGGAGGCAAGUGAGGUGCCGAUGGAAUUCAACUAGACAUGUAUAAUAACUACACGGAAUACUACGGAAUUUAUAUUAACUAUCUACUAUACUAUAUAUUGAUUUAACAUUUGAUUGAGAAAAUAAUAAACAAACAAUGUAACUUAUACUGCUGCUCAAUACAACCUGACA